CGCGCUGUGACGCAAGCGCGUUGCGCAGACGCGCGGUAGUGGGGAAAGCACGUCGGAACGGAGCAAUUAGUAAACAAGUUGUUCUCUUAUUCUAUAUCCGUAAAUUUGUUAAGUGUCCCCACUCGAAAGCAGCGCGGCUCGUCGUCCUUCAACGCGCAGAGUGUCGACGAGUUCCGGGGCACGAGCACGAGCACGAGCGCGCGAGCCGCUAACUAGCUAGCUGUUAGCAUGUUAGCUAGCUGACAGCGUUAGCCCAAAGUGGUGGUGGUGGUGCCGCCGCCGCCAAGAAGUUAUGGACCCGCUGAGUGCGGCCGCCGACGAGGUGGCCUUGGAGGGACUGGACGGGAUCACCGUCCCCUCCCUGUGGAUACGGCUGCAGGCUCGACAGCCCAAGUUCCCCCUCAGGUUCGACGACUGCACCAAGGAGCUCAUCUGGAGGUCGCUCGCCAGCAACACGGACCUCAGGUUUUAUCAGAUCCCGCAGGAGAGAGACGAUGUUGUGCUGUUCGACAGGUUCAAAGACAUCGACCCAGAGACCGGCAUUCAAACGGCCCAGAAGUUUUGUGACACAAAGAAAGACGUCUACCCGGUCCACAUAGUUCUGGAGAGCAAGGACGGGAUACAAGGCUCGUGUGCCGUCUUCAAACAGAGGACAGACGUCACCAAGGAUGUCCGCUCAAAGUCCCUCGCUGCGUUGGUUAACUUGGAGGAGGUUAUGGAAAGAUAUGGCCGAAAACUUGUCGUGGUGGCGUCCCAGACUUUGCGGUUCCGAACUCUGAUUGGCAGCGAGAGCGAUCCCGACUUAAAGCUGAACGACGACUCGUACUGCUUGUUGGAAAGAGUGGGCCGAGCACGCUGGCAAGGAGAGCUGCAGAGUGAUCUGCAUGGAAACUAUUUCAAGACCGAUGCUCGAAAGUUGCAUUACAUAAGGAAGUCUGUCGUCAAACACGGACUCAUCACCAUGCAGUCCCACGUAUCACGAGUGAAAUCAGGACAACAGCAACACUCCAUACUUCUGCUGCUCAAACGCUUCCACAUAAACAGGAGGAGUAAGUAUGACAUACUGAUGGAGUACGUGUCCAACCUUCUCCAGGAGUUACCCGGUCAGUUCUCCACUAUGGUUGCGGUCAGAGAACAACUUAAUGUGACCGAGCGUACGUUUAAGCGCGUAUUUCAGUAUAUGCGUGCUGCCAAGUUGGUUGAAUUUUGCAAGUACCCGCUGGAAGAAUUAGAUCCUAGUGCCAAGCCCUGCCUUACCAAAAAAGGGAAUAAAGUGCAAGUGCGCUGUUUGAGACUGUUGAAGCCGUACACAAAGAAGGGCGUUGCUGAUGACGACGAUGAUGACGACGAGGACGAUGACUCUGGAGCAAGACGAAGAAGAGCUUAUCCUCCUGAGGGGCGAAUCAUGGAGAAGGACGUCCUGUCACAGGCCUAUCACAUCGUAUUGUCCUGUGGCACAAAGGGAACCUCCAAGUCUGACAUCUCGUAUAGAAUGAACGUUGGCAAUCUGGAAUCUCGUAUGCUAUGCCGAAGACUUGAGAGGGAUGGUUUAAUAAAGGGAUUCAUGGUGGAUGAGGGUCGACAGAGGACCACGAAAUAUAUCAGCCAUACGUGUGUGGGUGUGAGUGAUCAGCUCCAGCUGGUUGCAAAGGAGCAGGAACGCAAUAAACUCCUCUGCUCCUCGGCGCCGGAUGCCCCUGAAACGCCGUCAUCCUCAAAGUCGACAGAAAAAGGAAAUGGCAAAACUCCUGCGGCAAAGAAGAGUCAGAAAGCAGGUGGAGGAGGAGGAGGAGACGGAGAUGCUAAACCUAAGGAAGCCGGGCAGGCGUGUGUUGUUGGAGAGGAAGAAAUGAGUGACGAGGGGUUGGAUGGAGGCGGAGAUAAAGCAGGAGGAAAGUCCAGAGCAAAACGAAAGACGGCAGGCAAGAAAGUCAGUAAGACAGCCAAGCAGAAACAACCUGCCAUCCCCAAAGAACAACCUACAUCAACUGAAUCGUGCAGCAAAUCCAAGACCAGUGUGACACCUGACGUUCUCACGACAGAACAAGCUGCAACUGAGGAGGGAGAACAGUCCAACUUACCCUCUGCCAGCCCCGCGCCUCAGACUGAGGCAUCGGCCAACAAACCAGAAGACAUCGACAUUGUGGUUGUUAAAGAUAUUUGUCGGGCGAAGGUCCCAUCAAAGGUCACCUGUCGGAAAAAAAGCAAACAGUCCGUGGAGACGACUCGCGAGACGUACCGACUGUUGAGGAGGAAGAACCUGAUUGUCGAGGCCGUCCACAGCUUCAAAGUCAUCGAGGGGCUUUUCCCACUACAGAAGAUGAUCAACGAUGAAGAGAAGCUGGAUGGAGUCCGCUUCAAGUGUUGCAAGAAAACGAUUUUGCGUCUCGUUCACAGUCUGUCUCGUGAAGGCUUGCUCAAAAUGUUUACGACCACCGUCAUACAGGAUGAUAUCACAAAGAAGGUUGAGAUGGUCGUCCAUCCGUCCAUUCAGCCCAAUGAUGAAAUAGUGCACCGGCUUAUCGAGCAGGUCCGCUUCAAAAUCUCCAGCUCGUACUCAACUGUGCGUCUGCAGCAAGCUGAAGAGAAAACCAGAGAACAAGAGAAACAGUCCGAGGCGACGAGCUUCGACAACAGCUUCAAGCCCACUACAGUUCGAGGAUUGGGUAAGAGCCUCGGCUUCCAGCCCAAGAUGCAUCGCCUGCGCGUCGUUCACACCUUCCUCUGGUACGUGAUCUACGGGCACCCGCUCAAACACAACAGCACUGGCUCUCACCCGACCAGUGAACCGUUAGCAAACCCGCACAGCUCUGAUCCUGAAGCCAAACACCCGGACAACCACGAAAAAACGGAUCUGAAAGACACAAACAAAUCCACGACCGCAAUCGGAGACGCGCAGUCGUCGCAAACGGCAGAUUCUCGAGUGACCCUAUUGGACGUGGCAUCAGGUGAUGAAGCGGAGCAGAAGGAUGAAUCAACACCUGAUCAGUCUCAAUCUGACAUUAAAGUGUUUGCUGAUGAAGAGUCGUGGAAGAAGUUCAUCCCUCCUGUGCGUGUACACAAAGAGUUCAGCAGCGGCUGGGCGAUGGUGGGCGACGUGCUCCUCUGCCUGCCUCUCUCCAUCUUCAUGCAGGUCAUACAGAUCAACUAUAAGGUGGACGGACUGGAGGAAUACCUCAAUGACCCUGUGAAGCAACACUACCUUGUCGGAGUCCUGCCCGCCAGGAUGAGAAGACAACUGCUUUACAGACGGAAAUACAUGUUCUCAUUCCACGAGAACCUGCAGAAAUUGGUCUACAUGGGUCUGCUGCAGUUUGGUCCUGUGGAGAAGUUCAAGGACAAAGACCAGGUGUUUGUGUUCCUGAGACGAAACGCCACCAUUGUUGACACCACCAGUGCCGAGCCACACUACUGGCUGGUCACCGAGUCGCCCGACAAACCAUUUGAUAAGCGCAAGUACACGUUUAACACUGCUGAGGAUAUCGAAAGCUACUGGUUUGACCUGAUGUGCGUCUGCCUCAAUACACCGCUAGGUGUGAUCCGUAGUAGGAGAUCGGAGAGAAAUGUCACUGAGGACGACGCUGCUCCAUCUUUUAUGCAAGAACGCAACGUGUUCGUGGGAAUGGCCUACCUGCUAAAGGGCAGUCGUGAAGUCUGUGAUGACGGGACGAUACCAGGAGACAGUAAAGGAGCAGGAGGUCUGGACUCUGAGUUUUUCGCUCAUCUUAAACGCAACUGGCUUUGGACCAAUUACCUGCUCGUCGACAAAACAAACCCAGCUGCUUUGGAAGCGAAGGAGGAGAACAAAAUCAGACUGAAGAGCUUGCUGAGUAAAAACGCCCUCAGGUUUGCUUUUAAAGCCGGAGGAACAACCAGACCUCGUUGUAUGACAACCAAGCUACCGCUGGUGGGAGAAAAUGUUGAGGUGGGGAUCGAGCCUGCGACCAGAAACCAGCGGGUGGUCGGUGGAAAGAGACAGAAGAGGAAGAGAACCAAAAAGGAGGUUGUCAAGGUCCCAUGCAAGAAGAAGAAAGAGCCAAAGAAACGCUCCGCCGCCCAUGACGAGGCGGACCACCGAGCCUUGAAAAUGAUGACCCGACAACGGGUCUACUGGUCUUUACAGGAAGACUCGCUGAUGAUGCUCUGCAGUGUGGCCACACACAUGCUCAACAGCAAGCUAAAGAGGCCAUUUGUCCCGUACUGUGUGGUCAGAGACAUGCUCCACGCAGAGUUUGAAAUAUCGAUGGAUAAAACCUCCGUUGCUGUUGGACGUCGCACGCGAUACAUCCUCAAGAAUCCUCAGACGCUUCUGAACUACAGGAUCUGUCUGACUGAGGCGUACCAGGACAAAGCUCUGAUGAAACAGCUGGAGUUGAGGAAACCUGUUGAUCCUAAUAAACCAAAGGACUGCGCCGAAGCUUUCUCAGAGUACGCCAAGAUUCUCAGGCAGAAGUUCAGCUCCGUCAUGAGCACAGGUGAUAUGAUCAUGCCGGACACGAAACAGGAGCUCUUCCAACGGUUCAAGGUUUCUGCAAUAGACAGCAGCAAGCGAGUGUUGGGCAAAGAUGCUCUCAACAGCAUAGAUGACAUCCACACCAUAGUGUUGCAUAACCUGAUCCAGAGCACUCUGGCCAUGACCAACAGUCAGAUGAAGUCGUCCAGAUCCUUUCAGACCUUCCAGAUGUACAGUAAGUAUAACCAGGGGCUGCUGUGCCAAGUGUUCAUACAAUGCAGGAAGAGGGGUCUGAUCAACCGACGCCGUGUCCAUCAGCCGUUUGGGCCAAAGAAGAAUCGAGCGCUGCCCAUCAUGCCCAUGUCCUACCAGCUGUCCCAGUCCUACUACAGGUGUUUUACGUGGCGUUUUCCUCACCCGCUGUGCACCGAUUCCUUCCGCUUCCUGAGGAGUCUCAUUAACAGCGGGACAAGUGACGCCAGACCCGCUACCGAGUUUUACCAUGAACACAAAAACAGGAUAGAGAACGGGGAGCAAGUGUUGGAGAACGAGAAAGGGUCAAAAAGGAAAGAAAAACAAAGCGGAGGAAAGGCUGAUGGAAGACCAGUGAGUGAACCAGAGGCACGGCCAGAGGAGGCAAACGCUGAGUCGAAAAAGGAAGGAGAGAACGACCAAAGACAAGCCAAAGGAGAAGAGAAGUUGAUGGAGGUAGACGCAACAGAUGAACAGACAAACCCAGACAAUUGCCUCACAGCUGCUUCUGGUGAAGGUCUGUCCAGCAUAGAGCAGACGGAUGAUAGGCCGCCCGGAGAAGAGGCACCAAGCGAGGCUGCAGCUUCAAACGCUGCAGCACCUGGAGCUUCAGAGGAACCUCCAGAUGUGUCGGACAUGCUGGGGUUCGGCAUGGACUCGACGGGUGGAGCCUGCAUGGCCUCACUCAGCCUGAUGUCUCUGGGACUGCUCAACGUGUUCAUGUCCAUCCCCAAGCGCAUGGUGGUGGUGGACAGCAACCUGUUGGACAAAGAUGUGGUCAAGAGUAUGGCAGCUUUGGAGGAAGAGGGUGAUGAUGACGAUGACGGCGAGGAGUGUGAGAAGACAAAGAAGCUGCGAGCGAAGGCACAACAGGCCUCGCACACUAAGUACCUGUUGAUGCGAGGACUGUCCUGUCCUGGCAUAGUCAAAGUGCGUAACCUCCACUGCAACGAUAACAUCGUGGUGGAGUCGUGUGACAUGAAGUUGCAGCUGCGCAGCACACCUGCUCACCACAUAUUCACUGUGGAGGACUCUCCACCUCUGGACUUCAAUAAAUGCGGUCCAUCCCUGGUGCCCUCCAUCCUCACCUCCUCGGUGUGUUUCUCCUCCUCCUCUUCUUCACACUGUGCGGAGGAGUGUGACAGGCGUUUGACUCAGGAAAGAGGAUACACUCCUCAGGACAUAGAGGCGUGUGCUCAGCUCAGGAGGAGCUUGGAUGAAGCCGGUGAGAAGGGCUUGUACGUACACGACCUCUACCGGGCUCACGCUGACCAGCAGCAGCCUCAGUCUGGAUGCACGAGAAGCCUGCAGCAGUACAUGACGGAUUUACAAGAAGAAGGCCAGGUGUUGAAAGUUGGGGCUCGGGGCGCUCGCUACGUGUUAAGGCAGCACGCUGAACCGUGGCUACUGACCGUGAACUCCAAGCAAUGGUCCCAGGCACGCGACACACCGGACCCAUUUUCAGAGAGUCGGCAACCAAAACCCUUGACGGGCAAGAGGUGCAGGCGUGAAGACCAACAGGAAGCAGAGGAAGUGCCAGCCAAAAGAGCUGCUCUGGAGAGCGGAGAAGGAGAGGACAUAGAGGGACGUGACACAACAAGAGAGAAACUGAACGAGGAGGCGCGGCCGGAAAAUGGGAAAGUGGCGGUGGACGAGGGAAGGGGAGAAAAACAAUUGCACACAGAAGAAGAGGCGAAAGGAGAGCAGACACGGCGUGACGAGGAAGGAGAAGAGAAAUCAGGACAGGAGAAGAUGGAAACUGAGGAGAAGCAGGUAGAAAGGAGAGAGCUGAGGCCGAGAAGAGGCAGUAAAGGCAGCGAGAGCGUUGAAGAAGCGGGAAUAUCUGACGCGGAUGAAAAUGUGAGUUUCAUCAGCCGGCCGUGGCGCAUGGUGGACGGUAAGCUGAACCGCCUGGUGUGUAAGGGAAUGCUGGAGUCCGUUCUGUACCACAUCAUGACCAGACCUGGACUCACACACCAGUCGCUGGUGGAACAUUACAAAGAUGUGCUGCAGCCAAUGGCGGUGCUGGACCUCCUGCAGGCACUUCUGGAUAUGGGCUGCUUGACCAAAAAAACCCUGGUUAAAAGUCCUAAACCUUCACUGUUCAGUCGCCCCGUGUGCCCGACAAGAAGUGAGAUGGGGGAGAUGCUGGAGGAGCCGGACGCGGUGUUUUAUGAGCCCACCAUCAGCUGCUGCCUGCGGCUCAGCCAGGUGUUGCCCAACGAGCGUCACUGGAACUACUAUUUACACUGAAAGGUGUUUAUCGAACGCACACGACCCGCACUUGGCCUCACUUGGCCUUGACCUGCGAUGGCGUUAGGAAUGUAAAAAGGCUGCAAAAGGUUGAAAUUUUGAAGGGGCAGAAAGCGAUUUUUGAAGAAAUGCACGUUUUUUAAAAAAAAUCUCCAAAUAUUUCCUCACUGUCCGCUGGCCGGAAAAAAAAUCUGGGUUUUCGGCUCAGUGCAGUUUGUAAAUAUCACUAGACGACACCUUAAGAGACGUGCUGGCAGGUUUGCGCUGCAACUCCGCGGUUUUGGCCUAGUGGUCAGUGCAUCGGACUCCCAGAGCAGGAAAAUCUCAACGGCAACAACAAAUAGGGAGAGGAGCUUCUUCAAAAUCGCUCACUGGCCCUUUAAAUCCUCGAGAAGUCGAGUUUGAGCAACGUUCAGACGGUUGUACAGAACAGGGAUUUCUUUGUACAUUUUUUGGUUUAGUUUUUGUGUUCAGCUUUUUGUAAUAUAUCAUGACAUUUUUUUCUAAAUAAAAUUGCAUCACAUGA